AUGCACGGCCUGGAGUCCGUCUUUGCACUCUACCGCCCGUGGCUCCAUGCGCUUCAGCCCUCUGCAAACCCCGUCGAGCCUCGUCAAACCCCGUCAAGCCUCGUCAAACCUCGUCAAACCUCUCCAGCAGCCGUGUCUGGAGUCUUGCUCCAGUCCCACCCCGCCAGCACAGCACCGCCGACACCACCAGCAACACCGCUCCCUGCGAGCCAUCGUCUGGCCAAGGCUGCCCGCACUGCUCGCCGUGACUGGACGCCGCCGUGCACGCUGUGUGUUGCACCUCCAUUGCCAAUACUUGCCGCCAUCCAAUCAGCCCAAGGCCUGCUGUCGCGCUUCCGACGACCACUAGACGAGCCUUCCAGCGUUUCAAGUCGGCAGCUCAGGAAGGGCUAG